AUGGGCCCCCCCUUCUCCGUCAUCAGCUCCCCCAUGGGGCCACACUCGAUGUCUGUCCCCUCCACGCCCAGCCUGGGAUUCGGCACCAGCAGCCCACAGCUCAACUCGCCCAUGAACUCCGUCACCAGCACAGAAGACAUCAAGCCACCCCUGGGGCUCAAUGGAGUCCUCAAAGUGCCAGCACACCCCUCAGGAACGAUGGCCUCCUUCACCAAGCACAUAUGUGCCAUCUGCGGGGACAGAUCUUCGGGUAAACAUUACGGGGUUUACAGCUGUGAGGGCUGCAAAGGCUUCUUCAAGCGCACGGUGCGGAAGGACCUGACCUACACGUGCCGCGACAACAAGGACUGCCUGAUCGACAAGCGCCAGCGCAACCGCUGCCAGUACUGCCGCUACCAGAAGUGUCUGGCCAUGGGCAUGAAGAGAGAAGCCGUGCAGGAGGAGCGGCAGCGGGGCAAGGACCGCAACGAGAACGAGGUGGAGUCCACGAGCAGCGCCAACGAGGACAUGCCCGUGGAGAAGAUCCUGGAGGCUGAGCUGGCUGUGGAGCCAAAGACAGAGACCUACAUCGAGGCAAACAUGGGCCUGACCCCCAGCUCGCCCAACGACCCGGUGACAAACAUCUGCCAGGCAGCAGACAAGCAGCUCUUCACCCUGGUGGAGUGGGCCAAGAGGAUCCCCCACUUCUCUGAGCUGCCCCUGGAUGACCAGGUCAUCUUGCUCAGAGCAGGGUGGAACGAGCUGCUGAUUGCCUCCUUCUCUCACCGCUCCAUCGCCGUGAAGGACGGGAUCCUGCUGGCCACGGGGCUGCACGUGCACAGGAACAGCGCCCACAGCGCCGGCGUCGGCGCCAUCUUCGACAGAGUACUGACAGAACUGGUGUCCAAAAUGAGGGACAUGCUGAUGGACAAGACAGAGCUGGGCUGCCUGCGAGCCAUCGUCCUCUUCAACCCCGACUCCAAGGGGCUGUCGAACCCGGCGGAGGUGGAGGCGCUGCGGGAGAAGGUGUACGCGUCACUAGAGGCUUACUGCAAACACAAAUACCCCGACCAGCCCGGCAGGUUUGCCAAGCUCCUGCUCCGCCUCCCAGCGCUGCGAUCCAUCGGCCUGAAAUGCCUGGAGCACCUCUUCUUCUUCAAGCUAAUAGGGGACACGCCCAUCGACACCUUCCUGAUGGAAAUGCUGGAAGCGCCGCACCAAAUGACUUAGAGAACUCUGCUGGGUCAGUCCCUCGCCCGGCCGGGCUCCCUGGGGGCCCUUCCUCUGCUUUCCUCGGCCCCAGCCCGUCCCUCCCUGCUGCCCCCAGGGCCACAGGCACCGUCUGCUCCGGGGCACCCCCGGCCUCCUCCUCCUCCCUGUCCGUUCGCUGUCACUGCUGCGUCUCCAGACCUGCUCGCUGGUUCCCUGUGCUACUUGUAGAGAGGAGUGGGAGCGGAGAGAGCUUUGCCAACCAACCCCUGCCCCCCUCCCCAGCCGUGCCAUGAGGUUUGGGAUGAGCCAUCGUGGGGCUGGUGUCACUGGUGUCACCCCCAGCCCUCCCCUGGGGACAAGGACGGUGCCAGCCCUCGGGGGCAGUGGGGUUUGGAUGAGCCCCUCGAGGGGAGUGGUUGGACUCUGCCAGAUUUGCAGCUGGGCUAUUUUCAGAGGAUGGAGUUUUUUGGAAAAAAAAAAAAAAAAAAGAGAAGAAGAAGAAGGAAAAAAAAAGAAAAAAAAGAGAAAAAAAUUCUAUUUUUGGUUUCUAACUAUUCUUAGUAGUCUCGGUAGUUACUUUGCGGAGGGAGAGGCCGUGCCCCCUGAAUGAGUCACCCCUGGCUGCACAGAGCCUUCUCCUGCCACUUCAGAGCAUUUGGGAUUGAGCUGAAUCCCCCCCCAAAACACGAGGCUGUGGCACAGGAGAUGCCCUUUGGCCACCCUGGAGGGCACCCGGGCAUCGCUGCCCACCCCAAAGCUGUGGACGUGAGCCAGCUGCAGCGCUUGCUUUAAGGCUGCCACUGACUCCCCAUGGCCCUUCCCCAGCUCCUGGGGGCUUGCUGGGACCCCUGGCCUGAGCACAGCAUCCCAGUACAUCCCAGUGCUGUCCCAGUUCAUCCCAGUGCUGUCCCAGUUCAUCCCAGUGCUGUCCCAGUACAUCCCAGUGCUGCCCCAGCAUCCCACCGUGACCCCGCUCUGGGGUUUUGGGGUUUCGGCUCACCCACGAGGCUGCUCCUGUUCUUUCAGCCCUGCCAAACACUGCAAGGCAACAAUUAGUGGGAGGGCUUGGCCAGGCUGGUUAAUUGCAGCUGUUAAUUAGUGGUGAAGCAAGAACAGGGCUCCCCCUCCCCUGGAUCUGCCCCGUGGGGGUGGGAGGGCCUGGCUGGGUGGGGGAUGUGGCAGCAGCAUCAUCCCUGUCCUCUCCGGGAUUCUGAGAGCACCAAAAGCACCUUGGCUUUUGCACAACCCUUUCCUUGAGUCUUGGUGACAGGAUUUUGGGGGUUAGGGACAGGAAUGUGCCCCGUGCCCCAUGGGAUGGGAUUCCCCCAGGAGUGUGUGGCCAGUGAGGGAAGCAUCCCCCUUCUCCUCCCUCCUCAUCUCCUGAGCCCCACCAAAAACAUGAGAAAAAACAAAGCAGAGGGAAUGAUGAGGGAUGUUGGGAAGGGUUUUCCCCCCUUGGCAGGAUGGACACACUGUACCUGUGGCCAAGGGCUUCCCCAGCACUUCCAUGUGCUCUGUGCUUUAAAAAGCAAAGGAUGGGGUCCCAGAAAUCCUCUUCUUGCUCCCCAUGGUUUGCAGCUGGUUGAAAACUCCUGUGUUCCUGGAGGGGGAUGGAGCAGCACCCAGCACCUCACUCCCACCUCUGUUUUGGAGGGGACACCGUUGCCAUCUGCCUGUUGCCAUCCCAGCUGGCAGCUGGAGUGCCCAGCUCCAUCCCCUGCAGCUCCAAAAUAAGAAAAAAACCACUGAGGAUUUAGGAUUUCAGGUGGCAGCUCCCCCUGGGGCUGGCCCGAAGUGGCGAAUCGGCAGAGGCAGGCAGAGCCUUGGCUCUGUUUCCCCAGCAGCCUGCAAGCCACUGAAAAUAUUAUUAAACAGCUUCACCCUGCAAGAAUUUGCCAAGAAAACGAGGCAGGAGAAAUGAAAUCUGGCGAGGGUGCCAGGAAACACGAGCAGGCUGUUCCCUGCCAGCGCCAGGCUGGCGCAGCCCCAGGGGGGUGCAGGGAGGUGGAGGAGCCCCCAGCCCCGAGCCCACCCAGCCCCUGGGCAGCCCCCAGGCCCCAGCAGAAAGGAGCCUGGGACUUGCUGGGCACAAAGGAAAAGAUUUGGGGAGGUUGGUGGAUGUUGCACUAGGAUAAACCUGCUGGUCUCUGGUGGGUUGAGCCACUUUUUUCCUGGGGGGUCGCUGGGGAGGGGCUGUUGGGUGCUGUGGAGGCACAGUGGGAGCUGCCAUCCCGUCCCAUCCCAGUCUCAUCUCAUUUCGUCUCAUCCCAUCCUGUCCCAUCUUGUUUCAUCCCAUCCCUUUCCAUUCUGUCACGUUCCAUCAUCUUCCAUCCCCUUUUUUCCAAUCUGUCCCCAUCUCAUCCCAUCCCACCCUGUCCCAUUUCAUUCCAUCCAAUCUCAUGUCAUCCAGUCUUCAUGCAAUCCCAUCCCAUCCCAUCCCAUCCCAUCCCAUCCCAUCCCAUCCCAUCCCAUCCCAUCCCAUCCCAUCCCAUCCCAUCCCAUCUCAUCCCACCAUACAAAGCCAAGGGAGAGGCUUUGCAGGGCCCAAGCUCAUCCUUGUGCCUCAGUUUCCCUCCUGGAGCAGCCCAGCCCCAAUCCAUGUCCUUGGUGGAGGGGAUUUUGGGAAAGGCUGAGCCUUGUCCUGGGGAUUUCACUUCUCAGCUGGUGAAAGGGAGUUGGGAUUCCCUGAGCCCCCUCCAUCCUCAUCCCAGCCGUUCCCGUGGGAAGGAGAAGCUUUUGUGUGUUGGGAGCAGCCAGAGCAGCCUUAAAGCAACGAGCUUUGCAUGAGUUUGAGCCUUUCCUUUGUAUUCUUUUCACUUUGGGCUUGUAUUUGUCGUUGUUGUUGUCCUCAUCACGAUAAGGCUGAGUGUGGAGAGGUGAGCGUGGCUGAAGGAAAACAAAAGGCACAUUAUUCCCUGGAGAGGUAGGACGUGGGUUUCACCAGCUCUCAGUGCUCUUGCAAAAAUCUGCUUCCACUCGGGUGAUCUAUGUGUAAUGUUUAUUUUUAAUUCCUUUUUGUUGAUGGGACAAUCUUUAAUUUUCUAAAGAUAGCACAAACAUCAGCCUUUCAGCCAGCUGCUGCACCCCUCAACGCUCAUUCCACCCACCCCAUACCCAAUACCCAGUGCAGCACAUCCCAAACCCCCCAUGGCAAUGCCCAGCUUCCCUUGGCACUGCCCACGAGUGCCCUUGGGGCUGUCAGGGGGGGUGGGAGUGCUGAGCCCUGGCCCUGCUGAGCCCUCCAGGCAAUGGGAACAGCCCUGGGCUGGGCUGCUGACCCCAAAACCAUGCUGGGGAGCUGACAACCCCAAAAACAGGCUGGGGAGCUGACAACCCCAAAAACAGGCUGAGGAGCUGACAACCCCAAAAUCAGGCUGGGGAGCUGCUGACCCAAAACCAUGCUGGGCUGCUGACCCCAAAAGCAGGCUGGGGAGCUGACCCCAAAAGCAGGCUGGGGAGCUGCUGACCCAAAAUGAUGCUGGGCUGCUGACCCCAAAAACAGGCUGGGGAGCUGCUGACCCCACAGAAGGCUGGGAGCUGUCCCCAUAGCCAGGCUGGUGGCUGUGCUGUCCCCAAAGCCAGGCUGGUGGCUGUGCUGUCCCCAUCCCUGCAGGCUGGGCUGGCUGGGUGUCCGUGUGUCCGUGUAUGUACUGUAGAUAUCGACACUGUAUAAUACCCCACUCACAUGUACACUUAGAGAACUGUAGCAAUUACAGACUUUUCCUGGCUUUUUGUGGUUUAAGUCGAUUUUUUUCUUUUUUUUUUGGUGUUUUUUUUUUCCUCGCUUUUUAUUUUGGUUUUUUUCCGUGUUUUGCUCCCAUUGUAUCUGAAUCCCUUUCCGAAUUGGCAGAUGCCAAAUCUGGAUUUUUAUUCCUCGAGACAAAGGAACUGCAUCUAUUUUAAGAUGCCUUUUUGUUUUUCUUCUUUUUGUUUCCUUUUUCUUCUUUUCUUUUGUUUUUCCUCUUUUAUUUUGGUUUUUUUUUUCGUUGUUUUAAGCAGGUGGUUUGGAGUAAAGAAUAGCUUUAGCAAUUCCCAAUACUUAGUGAUGGAUGCCUUGGCUAUGGGAUACAUAGAUUAAAAAAAAAAAGACGUUAAAAUUUAGAAUGACAAAAAAAAAAA